GGCUCGCUCUGUAUUUAUAUGCCAGCUGAUUAGGGUUUUAGUAAUCGUCAUCGCAACUCUUCAAGUGUAACCACUUUCAGCCAGACAAACUUGGUGGAAAAUGGUGAAGGGACGCCAAGGAGAGCGAGUUAGACUCUACGUCAGAGGGACCAUCCUGGGAUACAAGAGGUCCAAGUCAAACCAGUAUCCAAACACAUCAUUGAUCCAGAUUGAGGGAGUGAAUACCAAGGAAGAGGUUGCCUGGUAUGCUGGAAAGCGCAUGGCUUAUAUCUACAAGGCCAAGGUAAAGAAGAAUGGAUCACAUUAUCGCUGCAUUUGGGGCAAAGUCACCAGGCCUCAUGGUAACAGUGGUGUUGUACGAGCUAAGUUCAAGUCCAAUCUGCCCCCAAAAUCAAUGGGAGCUAGGGUUAGAGUCUUCAUGUACCCCAGCAAUAUUUAAGUGUCACAAGAUUGCAGAUUGUGUUCAUUGUUGACUUGGAGCAAUCUGUAUGUUACUUUUUUUAUAGCUAAGUUUAAACUUGUUAUGUGCUUUUGCGUUUUGAGUAGUGUUUAUUUAGAAUGCUGGAUGAACAUUAUUUUGCCUCCUUAUUAAUCUCAGUCUGGAUUUUUUGCCCAUUUGUUAUUGACUGAUUGAAUAUAUUGAGUUCUCAUUGAACUAAA